UCAUGAUCCGCCCUCCUGAGCCUCCCAAAGUGCUAGGAUUACAGGCGUGAGCCACCGCUCCAGGCCUCAUCUCACAUCUUUCUACCUCUGCAGCACACGACACGCCCUAGUUGGAAACAAAGUAGGAGUUUGUGGACUGGGGGGAGGGCGGGGUCUAACCUCAGGUCAGGCGCGUUGCCAGGUACAUCUUGGCACCCGGAAGAGACCCAGCACAGUUGCCCCCGACGUGACCCGACCUCCCCUACCAAUUGAGGCGCCCUUGUUGCCAGGCUAGAGGCGAGCGGCGGGGAUGCGCUCAUUGGUCAAGGAAGGAGCGCCUGUUACUAGAGGCGAGAACCAGAGCCCAUUGGUCAGAACACCUCACAAUGGACCCCAGCGGCACGCAGAGUCCUUAUGAUUGGUUUGCUGGCUGCCUCGGGAGACCCUGUUGCCUCGAGCCUAGGCUACUUGGCGCUCCCGACCCGACCCCUGUUCCCCAUUGGCUGUCCUGGCAAAAGCCGCCAUCUAAUGAGGAGCGAGGUGCGGGGCUCCGGAGCGCGCGCUUCCCGCGGUGCCAUCUAGUCCUGCGGGAGACAUCCCGGGCCCACACCGCGGCCGCCCAAACCAGUGAAAGUCCCAGGGGCCUGAUAUCGCUCCCAGCGCUCGAGGACCGAGGCCUGCUGUGGAGGACACCGUGCUCCCUCGGGACCUGUUUUGGAUUCCGGCCCGGGCGUCCCCUUGGAGCUCUGCAUCUCCAACCUGGAACCCAACCCAGAAGGCUCAAGUUCGACGCAUCACGUGGCGAGCGGAUCCACUGAGGGUCCACAGAGAGGGGCGCCCAUCUCCUGCAUCUCAGUUAUCCCGGUGUUGGGAAUUCUGUGCCCUAAAGAAUUCCGACUCAGAUCCAAACGGCGAUCUGGUGGAAUUGAGGGUGAAAGGCCAGAGGGACGAUGUUCUACUAUCCCAACGUGCUUCAGCGCCACACCGGCUGCUUUGCCACCAUCUGGCUGGCAGCGACGCGCGGCAGCCGGUUGGUGAAGCGCGAAUACCUGAGGGUGAAUGUGGUGAAGACCUGCGAGGAAAUCCUCAAUUACGUGCUGGUACGAGUGCAACCCCCGCAGCCCGGCCUGCCGCGGCCCCGCUUCUCCCUCUAUCUCUCAGCCCAACUUCAGAUCGGUGUGAUCCGCGUCUAUUCUCAACAAUGCCAGUACCUCGUGGGUAAGGCUGGGAACCCUCAGAGGUGGGGCGGGCUGAGCAGCUGUCUGCUAAGCUGGCUGUCUACCUCGCCCUCCCUGCCCACAGAGGACAUCCAGCACAUCUUGGAGCGCCUCCACCGUGCCCAGCUGCAGAUCCGAAUAGAUAUGGAGACUGAGCUACCCAGCCUACUGCUUCCUAACCACCUGGCCAUGAUGGAAACCCUAGAAGAUGCUCCAGAUCCCUUUUUUGGGAUGAUGUCUGUGGAUCCCAGACUUCCUAGUCCUUUCGAUAUCCCUCAGAUUCGACACCUCUUAGAGGCUGCAAUUCCAGAGAGAGUUGAAGAGAUCCCUCCCGAAGUCCCUACAGAGCCCAGGAAGCCAGACAGGAUUCUGGUCACUGUGCUGCCCCCUGAGGCCAUCACGAUCCAGGAGGCAGAGCCCAUACGGAUGCUGCGGAUUGAGGGUGAACAGGAGCUCCCAGAGGUCAGCCGCCGAGACCUGGACCUGCUGAUCGCAGAGGAAGACGAAGCUAUCUUGUUAGAAAAGCUAAGGGAGGAGCUCCGGGUUCCAGAGGGUGAAAUCGUAGUCCCCCGGCUCUCACCUCCAGCUCCUGCAGAGGUGGAAGGAAUAGCAGAGGCACUUCCAGUCCUGGUCCCUGAGGAGCUGAGGCCGACAGGCUGGGAGCCUGGGGCCCUACUCAUGGAGGUGACCCCCCCAGAGGAACUGCGUCUGCCAGCCCCACCCAGCCCAGAGCUGAGGCGGCCCCCAGUCUUCCCACCUCCUCGCCGCCGUCGUCGCCGGUUACUGUUUUGGGACAAGGAGACUCAGAUCUCCCGGGAGAAAUUCCGGGAACAACUGCAAACCAGAGCCCACUGCUGGGAAUGUCCCAAGGUGCAGCCUCCUGAGAGGACCAUCACAGGCCCUGCAGAGUUGUUCAGAACCCCAACUCUCUGUAAGAAUGGCAGGGGGUGGGCACAAAGGAUCCUCAAAACCAAUUUCUCAUUCCUGGUGCUCCUCACGCCUCAAACCGUGCCUACUGCCUUCUUGUCCACAGCUGGCUGGCUACCCCUUGAACUACUGGGUCUCUGGACCCACUGUGCCCAGCCACCCCCAAGAGCACUCAGGCGAGAGCUGCCCAAGGAGGCUGCUGAGGAGGAAAGGAGAAAGGCUGAAGUUCCAAGUGAGAUCGAGGUCCCGAGGGAGGCCCUGGAGCCCAGUGGUCCCCUUAUGCUGUCUUCAGAGCUCUCCCUAGAGGCAGCUGAAGAGGAGAAGUCCCGCAUCAGCCUCAUCCCACCAGAAGAACGGUGGGCCUGGGCUGAGGUGGAACAGCCAGAACCUCCUGCAUUGCCCGUGGUGCCUGAACUCCCUGAGGUGCCCAUGGAGAUGCCUUUGGUGCUGCCCCCAGAGCUCGAGCUGCUCUCACUGGAAGCUGUGCACAGGGCAGUGGCACUGGAGCUGCAGGCCAACAGGGAGCCCGACUUCAGCAGCCUGGUGUCACCCCUCAGCCCCCGCAGGAUGGCUGCUCGGGUCUUCUACAUGCUCCUGGGUGAGUGUAUGCAUGUGUGUGUGUAUGUGGCGCAGGGACACACAGACCAGAGGCCCAUACAGGGACUCCCCCAACCUGCCCUCUCCUCCCCUCUUGACCAGUGCUCUCAGCGCAACAGAUUCUUCGCGUGGAACAAGAAAAGCCAUAUGGUCGCCUCCUGAUCCAGCCGGGGCCCAGAUUCCACCGAGGUUAGAGUCCAUUUACGAAGCUGCCAGGAAACCGGCCACUUCUAGUAAACCACGUCGUGGCUCACUGGGUCCUGCUUACUUCAUUUCUGAAUGUGCAUUUCCAGCCUUCUUGCUCUCAGAGCUAUUGUUCAAGCAGAAAACAAGCUGCUUUUAUUACAG